AUGUGUCCUCUCAACCGUGGCCACCAGGGGACAGUUGUUAUCCCUGGACAGUUACCCAAGGCCAAGGAGCCAGCCCAGGAGCCUCUGAGUCAGCUCUGGAAAGAGCUGUCAGGCUCUGGGGCCCCUGCCAGUGAACUGGAGCUGAUCAUUAAACCCAGGAUCAUCAAUGGGGAGGACGCUGCACCUGGUUCCUGGCCCUGGCAUGUGUCUCUGGAGACUCCCCCUGGAAUCCUUUUCUGUGGGGGCUCACUCAUCAGCGAGAAAUGGGUGAUCACCGCCGCCCACUGCAAUGUCACGACAUCUGACUGGGUUGUUGUUGGCCAGUCUGAUCUAAACUCACCUGGAAACAAUCACCAGAUCCUGAAGAUUGCGCAGAUUUUUAAUCACCCCAAGUUCAACUUGUACACCGUCUACAAUGACAUCGCCCUGCUGAAGCUGGAGAGAGCUGCUCGCUUCCACCAGAUGGUGUCCCCGGUUCUCCUGCCCAGUGCUGAUGACCGGUUCCUUCCUGGGACCCUGUGCACUAUUAUGGGCUGGGGGGACACCAAGCCCAAUUGCAACAAGAAACCUGCCAAGCUGCAGCAAGCCUCCAUGCCGCUCCUGUCCAUGGCCACGUGUAGGAGGUACUGGCCCGGAAUCAUCAAGAAUUCUCUGAUCUGCGCUGGGCUCCAAGGUUCCUGCUUCCACCAAGGCGACUCUGGCGGAUCCCUGGCCUGCAAGAAGAGUGGAGUCUGGACCCUGGUGGGCGUCAUGGCCUUCGUUAGUAAAACCUACCCCAUCGGAAAACCUGUAGUGGCCACCCGUGUCAGUACAUUCGUGCCCUGGAUUGAGGAGAUCCUGGCUCACAACUGAGCCCUUCACUUCUCAUUCUGGUGCCCCUUAUCCCAAAUAAAAACCUCUGUACAGAA